GCUUUAUCUUCCAUUCAAAAUAAGAGAACCUACCUAUUUUGGCAUCCACAAUAUAAACCUCAACUAGAUCAUCAAUAAAGGGGAAGAAAGAAAAAAAAGCAAGUGAGGGAAUUAAUUUUUAUUCUUAUUGCUUGUACUUCUCUUUAUUUUUCGAGAUUGGAUUGGUAUUCAGUCUACCUCUAAAUAAGUACUUUGCCUUACGGAGAUGGUGAGUGAAGUGGUUUCAACUCCUUCAAGAGUUGAAACCUUGGCUAAAAGUGGAAUUCAGGCCAUUCCUAAAGAGUAUGUGAGGCCACAAGAAGAGUUAAAUGGAAUAGGGAAUAUCUUUGAGGAAGAGAAGAAAGAUGAAGGACCUCAAGUACCGACGAUUAAUCUGAAAGAAAUCGAUUCAGAGGACAAGGAAAUUCGUGAAAAAUGCCAUCAAGAGCUGAAAAAAGCAGCCAUGGAAUGGGGUGUCAUGCACCUCGUUAACCAUGGCAUAUCGGAUGAGCUAAUUGAUCGUGUCAAGGUUGCUGGAGGUACCUUCUUUGAUCUACCUGUUGAAGAGAAGGAGAAGUAUGCCAAUGAUCAAGCUUCUGGCAAUGUCCAAGGCUAUGGAAGCAAGCUAGCAAAUAGUGCUUGUGGUCAACUUGAGUGGGAGGAUUACUUCUUCCAUUGUGUUUUCCCCGAGGACAAGCGCAACUUGGUCAUCUGGCCUAAAACCCCUGCUGACUACAUUCCAGCAACAAGUGAAUAUGCCAAGCAGAUAAGAAACCUAGCAACAAAGAUUUUUGCAGUGCUUUCGAUUGGGUUGGGAUUGGGAGAAGGAAGACUAGAGAAGGAAGUCGGAGGCAUGGAAGACUUGCUGCUUCAAAUGAAGAUUAACUACUACCCCAAAUGCCCCCAACCAGAACUAGCACUUGGUGUCGAAGCUCAUACUGAUGUGAGUGCACUGACUUUCAUCCUCCACAAUAUGGUGCCUGGCUUGCAACUCUUCUAUGAAGGAAAGUGGGUAACUGCAAAGUGUGUGCCCAAUUCCAUAAUCAUGCACAUUGGGGAUACCAUUGAAAUCCUAAGCAACGGAAAGUACAAGAGCAUUCUUCACAGAGGGGUUGUGAACAAGGAAAAAGUAAGGAUUUCAUGGGCAAUUUUCUGUGAGCCUCCAAAGGAGAAGAUCAUCCUUAAGCCCCUAUCUGAGACUGUCACCGAGGCUGAGCCACCUCGAUUCCCACCUCGCACCUUCGCACAGCAUAUGGCACAAAAACUCUUCAAGAAGGAUCAUCACGAUGCUGCUGCUGAACACAAAGUACUCAAGAAGGAUUAUUGGGAUAUUGUUGCUGAGCACAAAGUCCUCAAGGAGGACGAUCAGGAUUCUGCUGCUGAACAGAAAGCCUCCAAAAAGGAUGAUCGGGAUAUUGUUGCUGAGCACAAAGUCCUCAAGGAGGAUGAAAAGGAUGUUGUUGCUGAGCACAAAGUCUUCAAGAAAGAUGAUCAGGAUGUUGUUGCUGAGCAUAAAGUCCUCAAGGAUGUUCCUGCUGAAGAGUCUAAAUAGUUUCUCUAGUUGUCAUGUUCUGAUGGUUUAUUUUUGUUGAUUUUGUGUCCUCUGCUAUAUCUUUCUUUAAUAAGCAUAUCCACAAAAUUUCAAGCAAUCAAGCAAUAUUAUGUUCUUUGUAUAAGAGCAACACAACAUCCCGUGGAUGCUUUCAUCAAUAAAACAAAACACACAUCAUAUCUUGUCAUGUUCAA